CUUCCCUGUCUGUUGCUGCUGCCGCCGCCAAGCACCCUGGUUGUGUCUGUCACUCGCUCUGACUGCCCCCCCCCAUACGCUCGCCCAUGACCGAAACCAAGUACACCUCGCUCUCCGGACGGGUCCGGCUGACCAAGAACUACCAGUCGCUCCUGCUCUUGGCCUGCGUCGUCAUCUUUGUGGUUCUCUUUUCCGUUUUCACUCUUUCCGGAGCAAGCACAGGCUCCUCGGCCGCCCAAGUCACGGCCCCGAAAUCUCUGUACGCCGAGACUGGCCCUUAUGUGUGCGAACAUCACUAUACCGCCAAAAUUCUGGUCCAUGAGCCGCUGGUCAUGAGGAUCGACAACUUCCUGUCCUAUCGCGAGGCCGACCACAUUGUCGAGCUGGCUCGCCCACGAUUCCAGCGCUCUCCCGUAGCCUCCUCCAACGGCGACAGCGUCCACGAAGCCCGCACCUCGUCAACUGCCUUCCUUGGCAAAUCGCAUGACGAUGUCAUCGCUUGCGUCGAGGAGCGUGCGUCGAUGCUAACCUCGUUCCCCGUCAAUCACAUCGAGUCUCUCCAAGUAGUCCACUACGCCAAGGGUCAACGCUAUCUCCCUCAUUACGACUACUUUGCAAAGAGCGACCCGGAGGCAUACAAGAAAUACACUGCCAACGGCGGCCAACGGGUCAUCACCAUCUUCGGAUACCUGAACGAAAUCUCGUCGAACCCGCCGGAGGAGUGGAUCGCCGAGAAGGAGAAGGAAGGCGCCAACAUCACUGAGCUGAUUGCAAAGGGCACCGGUGGCCACACCUUCUUCCCCGAGCUCAAGCUCAGCGUCUACCCCAAGAAGGGCAGCGCCGUUCUGUUCUUCGAUAUGAACGGCAAGGGCGAGGAGGACCCCAUGACCCUCCAUGGCGGCAUGCCGCCAGAGUGGGGUGAAAAGUUUGGUCUGAACGUCUGGAUCCGACAGCGUGAGAUUGUCUAGAUGCCAGUCUCUCGUCCUCGUUAGUGGGCUCGCUAUGCCAUUAGUGUUUGCCGUCGUUGAGCAGCUCCACGGCCAAGUUUGAGUAUUUGAUCCCCUUGAUUUUGAAGUCUACCUCUAACCGAAGCGAGACACCCUAUUUUGAAUCCUGCGUGCCACUUUUACCUGGGUGUGAAUACACACCGACCGUGACCAAACAGUGUGCCCAAGAGAACCAGCAUUGUGCUCGCC